CACUCAGUCGCGUCGGCACCGCGGAGCGGGCUGCGUCAGGUGGCUGUUCCUGGCGGCGCUCGCUAGCUCCCUGCUCUCGGGCUUGGAGCUGCAGCACCGGCUGGAGCGAACCCUUGUCCCAGCGCGGGGCGGCGGCGGCGGGCAGACGGGCAGACGGGCAGACGGGCAGACGGGCAGCCUUGCGUGUGAGUGCCCCACUCACAUAGCUAACCCCAGGAGCGCCUAAGGGUAACAGCAAACUUGUCAUUUGCACCUUUGCACUUUCCUUUUUCUCGUGUUAUUUUUUUUCUUGUCUUUAUUAUUAUUUUUUUCGUUUUUGAGUCGUUGGGCAUUUCUUGGUGUUUUUGGUUUCUCGCUGUUGUUGGGUGCUUGUUGGUUUGUUCUCGCCCCCGUUUUCGUUUGCUCAUCCUUUUUGACGCUAACUCUUAGGCAGCCAGCUCAACAGCCCCCUACGAAGCCCGGGGAAGCCGCACUCGGUGACCCCAGGACAGCGCAGCAGAGACCGCAACCGAGCCCCCCGACACGGGGCGCACAGGAGCCGGGAAGCCCGAGGCCGGGGCCAAUCAGACCGCCCGGGCCAGGCGCGAGCCAAGCUCCCCGAGGUGGUCGGGUCACCAUGCUGAAGAUGGCCAAGAAGCUCAAAGCCCGAGCAGCCGAGAGCGAGAGGAAGGCAGCCGCGGCUGCCGCCGAAGUGGCUGCCGAAGCUGCCGUGGCGGCUGCGGCGCUGGCAGAACCGUUCGCUUCGCAGAAGAACGGGGACCCGGAGAAGCCCCCCAAGUCCAAGUCCGUCAAGGCCCCCGCGAACGCCGGGCGAGAUGUGCCGCCCGAAAAGUUGCUGACAGACAAAGAGCGCAAGAAGCUAGAGAAGAAGUUGCUGGAGCAGAGGAAAAAAGAGGAGAAGAAGAGAGAGAAAGAGAGGAAGAAGUUGGAGAAGAUGAUGAUGAAGAAGAAGAAGAAUGUGCCAGAAUCCCGGGCGCAGGCCCGAGGCCCCGAGGCCGCCGCCGCCGCCGCCGCCGCCACCGCAGGCGAAGACGAGGGCGCCGCGGAGGGCGCCGCAGGGCUCGGAGAGGGCGCCGCCGGCGGGGGCGCGAGUAGGGCCUGGGCCCGGUGGGACACUGAGUCGGGCGACGAAGAUGAUGCCUACUACGCGCCUCCUCGUGUUGGAGGCGUCGUGUGGCGGCCCGGGCCUGCCAAGGCUGGAGCACUCAGCGCGCACAUGCCCCUUGUGGUGUUCCUGGUGUUCUCCGUUCGCAGCCCCUCGUGGGUGCUCAACUUCCUGCUCCAGCGACGCACAGAGCAGGGCCGCGGCUGUGGCUUCGUGUUCGGGGCGACCUGCUGCUUCCGAGUGUUCCUGGGCUGCGCCUUCUUCUCCUUCCUGAGUGGCCGCACCAAGCGCAGAGGCAGAGGCCGAGGGCGCUCCCGGGCCAGGGGCACCGGGCGCCGGGGGCGCGACGAGCGGCUCAUCUAGUCAGACCCCCACCCCCCACCAUCAUCAUCAUCCACAUCGACCACCACCACCACCACCACCACGACCACCACCACCACCUCCACCUCCACCACCAUUGCUGUGUAGUGUGGAUCUUUAUUAGUGCUUGUGUGUGGACACAUUUUCCUUUUCGGUUGCUCUGUCCUGUGCUUCGUGCUUUCCUAGCUUUUCUGCACACUCCCUGCUUUCUGGCUCUCUCAGUGUCUCUCUCUCUCUCCUUUUCGAAAUUUUCCUAAGACCGGGCCCGCGCUCCCUCCCUUUCCGCCCACCCCGGCCCCUUGGCGGCGCCCGCCCGCCCUGCUGCAGGAGGAGGGGGAUCCGGGGCCGCCCGGCCCGGGGGUGGAGCGCUGGCAUCGUGUGAGGGGUCGUCACCACCGCGGGGCCGCCCCCUCUCCCCCCGCCCCGCCGCCGCACGGUCAGGCCCCGGCCCCAAGCAGCGGGUGGGGCGAGGAGGCGACCCCACUGUGCAUCCCGGCCCGGGCUGGACUUGGGUGCAGGGACCCCUGCCCGGCCUCCGGGCACCGCCUCCCUGCGCCCGCGCCCGCCCUCCUAGCCGCGGCCCUCCUCCUCCUCCUCCUCUUUCCACCCCCCUCACCGCCGUCGCCUCCGCCUCCCCCCGCUCCCCCCGCCCGCCGUGGCGCUUUUGGGUCGGGGCGUCGGGCCCGGGCCGAGGCAAUAAGAGCGGCGGCGGCGGCGGCGGCGGCAGCAGCUCCCGCGGCUCCUGCUCUGCUCCGCCUCGGCCCCGGAGCGAGGAGCCGAGAGCUGCGCGCUUGCCUUAGUCCGAGCCGCCACCCUCCCCUUGUUCCCCGCUUUCCCGGCCCGCCUGAGGCCGCCCGCCCCGUCCCCGCCGCCCCGCAGCCCGGCCGCGCCCCGCCGCCGCCAUGGGCUGUCUCGGUAACAGUAAGACCGAGGACCAGCGCAACGAGGAGAAGGCGCAGCGCGAGGCCAACAAAAAGAUCGAGAAGCAGCUGCAGAAGGACAAGCAGGUCUACCGGGCCACGCACCGCCUGCUGCUGCUGGGUGCUGGAGAGUCUGGCAAGAGCACCAUUGUGAAGCAGAUGAGGAUCCUGCAUGUUAAUGGGUUUAACGGAGAGGGCGGCGAAGAGGACCCGCAGGCUGCAAGGAGCAACAGCGAUGGUGAGAAGGCCACCAAGGUGCAGGACAUCAAAAACAACCUGAAGGAGGCCAUUGAAACCAUCGUGGCCGCCAUGAGCAACCUGGUGCCCCCUGUGGAGCUGGCCAAUCCUGAGAACCAGUUCCGUGUGGACUACAUUCUGAGCGUGAUGAACGUGCCCAACUUUGACUUUCCACCUGAAUUCUAUGAGCACGCCAAGGCUCUGUGGGAGGAUGAGGGAGUUCGUGCCUGCUAUGAGCGCUCCAAUGAGUACCAGCUGAUUGAUUGUGCCCAGUACUUCCUGGACAAGAUUGAUGUGAUCAAGCAGGCCGACUACGUGCCAAGCGACCAGGACCUGCUUCGCUGCCGUGUCCUGACCUCUGGAAUCUUUGAGACCAAGUUCCAGGUGGACAAAGUCAACUUCCACAUGUUCGAUGUGGGCGGCCAGCGCGAUGAACGCCGCAAGUGGAUCCAGUGCUUCAAUGACGUGACUGCCAUCAUCUUUGUGGUGGCCAGCAGCAGCUACAACAUGGUCAUUCGGGAGGACAACCAGACCAACCGCCUGCAGGAGGCUCUGAACCUCUUCAAGAGCAUCUGGAACAACAGAUGGCUGCGCACCAUCUCUGUGAUCCUCUUCCUCAACAAGCAGGACCUGCUUGCUGAGAAAGUCCUCGCUGGGAAAUCGAAGAUUGAGGACUACUUUCCAGAGUUCGCUCGCUACACCACUCCUGAGGAUGCAACUCCCGAGCCCGGAGAGGACCCACGCGUGACCCGGGCCAAGUACUUCAUCCGAGAUGAGUUUCUGAGAAUCAGCACCGCUAGUGGAGAUGGGCGCCACUAUUGCUACCCUCACUUUACCUGCGCCGUGGACACUGAGAACAUCCGCCGUGUCUUCAACGACUGCCGUGACAUCAUCCAGCGCAUGCAUCUCCGCCAAUAUGAGCUGCUCUAAGAAGGGAACACCCAAAUUUAAUUCAGCCUUAAGCACAAUUAAUUAAGAGUGAAACGUAAUUGAAAAGCAGUUGAUCACCCACCAUAGGGCAUGAUUAACAACGCAACCUUUCCUUUUUUCCCCAGUGAUUCUGAAAACCCCUCUUCCCUUCAGCUUGCUUAGAUGUUCCAAAUUUAGUAAGCUUAAGGCGGCCUACAAAGAAAAAGAAAAAGAAAUAGGCCACAAAAGUUCCCUCUCACUUUCAGUAAAUAAAAUAAAAGCAGCAACAAACAGAAAUAAAGAAAUAAAUGAAAUACAAAAUGAAACAUUGUAUUGUGCAGCAUUAAAAAAUCAAUAAAAAUUAAACGUGAGCAAA